CUGUGGUAGCCAUUUUUAUCAGUGACACAAAGUACACUUCCAGUACCUGGCUACCAUCCAGUGCUGAUUUUACUUUCACCCUUUGUACCUGGGAAGUUUUCUGCUUUCCUCUCAGCUGUUACAGACAUGCUCUGUCUGACAUUACGACAAAGAUUACGGCCCCUUUUCCUCAGUGGUUCAGCAUGUUUGGGCAGGCAGAGGCAGAUAACUGCAGAAUCGUGCAGAAGACGCCUCAGCAGCACCGACAGGUGGACAGGGCAGGAGAGCUUGGCUCAGGAUGAUCCAGAGAUAUGGAGUCUCCUGCAGCAGGAGAAGGACAGACAGUGUCGGGGACUGGAGCUCAUCGCAUCAGAGAACUUCUGCAGUCGUGCAGCUCUAGAGGCACAGGGCUCCUGUCUGAACAACAAAUACUCUGAGGGAUACCCAGGGCAAAGAUACUAUGGAGGUGCAGAGAUUGUAGACCAGAUUGAGCUAUUGUGUCAGAAGCGUGCGCUCUCAGUCUUUGGUCUGGAUCCCAGUCUGUGGGGCGUUAAUGUUCAGCCAUACUCUGGAUCCCCUGCUAACUUUGCAGCCUACACCUCUGUACUGCAGCCUCAUGACCGCAUCAUGGGCCUGGAUCUGCCUGACGGGGGACACCUUACCCAUGGCUACAUGUCAGACAACAAGAGAGUCUCAGCCACCUCCAUUUACUUUGAAUCGAUGCCUUACAAGCUGGAUCCCCAAACAGGUCUGAUAGAUUAUGACCAGCUGGAGAAGACUGCCCGCCUUUUCAGACCCAGACUUAUCAUAGCAGGAACCAGCGCCUACCCCCGUCUCAUUGACUACUCCCGCAUGAAGAAGUUGUGUGUGGAGCUGAAUGCCUACCUGUUGGCAGACAUGGCUCAUAUUAGUGGCCUGGUGGCCACAGGAGCUGUUCCCUCUCCUUUUCAGCAUGCUGACCUCGUGACCUCCACCACCCAUAAGUCACUGCGUGGAGCAAGGGCUGGUCUGAUCUUCUACAGGAAAGGUGUGAGGUCUGUGGAUAAGAAAGGCAAAGAGGUCCUCUAUGACCUCCAGGACAGGGUGAACUUUGCUGUGUUCCCAUCACUUCAGGGAGGACCUCACAACCAUGCCAUUGCCGGGGUGGCUGUCGCCCUCAAACAGGCUUCCACUCCCAUGUUCAACAGAUACAUCCAUCAAGUGCUGCUGAACGCCAAAGCUAUGGCCGAUGCUUUGCUUAAGAAAGGCUAUACCCUGGUGUCAGGUGGAACAGACAACCACCUGGUAUUGGUUGACCUUCGACCUCGUGGGAUGGAUGGUGCUCGAGCUGAAAGGGUCCUAGAGCUGGUGUCAGUCACAGCCAACAAGAACACCUGUCCUGGAGAUAAGAGUGCCCUCAUUCCAGGAGGACUUCGACUUGGAGCUCCAGCUCUGACCUCUCGACAGUUUAAGGAGGCAGACUUUCAAAGAGUAGUGGACUUUAUUGAUGAAGGGAUUCAGAUUGCACUGGACGUGAAGAAGAAGACCGGAAACCUGGCUAGCUUCAAGUCCUUCUUGCAGGAAGACCCAGAGACAGUGUCACGCAUCGCAGAGCUCCACCAGCGGGUGGAGCUAUUCGCCAGGCCCUUCCCCAUGCCAGGAUUCACUGACCAUUAGAAAAAAACACUGAGAGAAAAGCUGUAAUGUGAAGUAACAGUCCUCGGUAGUGGGGGUUCAUAAUGUUGCUUUGGUAGGAAACAUUACUUCAGGAUGCUGCCAGUUACGAUUUAAUCCCAGUACAGCAACACUAGUUAUGUUGGUACAGCGUCACAUUUAUAUGUCAAUGAGAAGCAUUAUAAAUGCCAGCUGAUCUGAAAAAAUGUCUGAUAACUGCUCUAAAAAUAAAUAAUAAAAGUCACAACUCACUAAAAAAUGACACCUAGCAACAAUAAUUCAAUUUAUAACACUGCAUUGCUCACUUAUUCUAGCUGUGACUGUGUUAUUAUGGUGACACUUCAAAUUCCCACUUUUAGCAUUCAUAAGCAGCAUGUAAACAUUCAUUAACAAAAUAUAACAGUAGCUAUACACGAUAAUGUAAAAAUACAGACAUUUAAAAUGUUGUCAUUAUUAUUAUUGAACCCUUGAUUUAAUGAGGUAGUCUCAUUGAGAUCGAGAUCUCUUUUUCAAGAGAGACCUGUGUACAAAAAAUACACACACAAAAAAAACCGAGACAAACAGCUGCAUAAUAAAAGGACACAUUACACACUAUAGACACUGUAAGAAAAACAAGUGCAAGACUGCAGAUAGACAAACACAACCCAUUAAAAUGUUCCAGUGAAAUCAGAGGAUGCAGCUUUAUAGCUUUUUGUAUUUCAUUCUAUUUAUAGGCAGCAAAAUAUUUAAAUCCAGUUUUUCCAAGUUCAGUGUGAACAAGAAGUACAGCUAGUGUUUAAAUAUCCUGCAUCCUAACAUAGGUGAAGGUAUGUGUUUUGACAGAUAAUUUACUAGUAAACAGUAUACGUAUGGUUGCAUACAGCUAUGUUAUAGAGUGGAUUAAAUAAACACUACAAUAUACAACUCAUAGUGCUAAAUAAGUAAAUUUAAAGCGAAGUGUUCUCUAAACGUCUUGAGGCUCCUUAUAGCAAGUGACUGAUAAUAAUGGGAUACUAUUCACUUUUUAGCAGUGUAACCAAUUUAGCUGAACAACUUAUUACACAUCGACUCAUAAAAUGAACUUUCAGCCUUCUCAGCAUCUAAACUGAUUUGAUUUGUUAUUGGUUUGUAAUGAUUAGGUUGGUAGUAGUGAUUAUUUUCAUAAAAAUGGUAUUCAAUAGGAAUUUAGAGUUUAAAUGUUACACAGCAAUGGAUGUUAACUGCGAGUCAACAUCACUUUCUGGAAUUUGUUUUCACCUUCUUGACAGGGCCAAAGCCAAGAAGGACCCUGUUUUCAGGUAUUUUUGGCAUUUGGUUGCUAGGUCUGCUUAAGAGCUCUUACUGACAUCGGGCUUUGUCCCGCACACUGGGAAACUCACAGCAGCUGUGGUUCAGUUUACACCCACAAAUCCACAAACACGAAAAGAAAACAGUAAAGUAGCACAGGCAUUUCAAAACAAGCUUUAGAUUUUUUUUUCUGUGUGUGUGUAGCUUGUGUAGUUUGACUUCAACAGAAAUGAUUUCUGAGGAAUGUAUAAUAUAUUAAAUAAAUCUUUUAAACUGCAAUAAAAUGAUCCUGAAUGUUCCAA